CCAUUAAUAUAACCCCACACCUCCGAUCUCAACAUUCCCCUGCACUUCUCACCUACCCCAAUCCCUCUCCCUCUCUCUUCUCUCUCUCUCUCUUCUCUCUCUCUCUCUCUCUCUCUCUCUCUCUGUGAAAAUCAUAUUUACUUUGUUGCCGUCCUUUUGUUCUCUUGCUGUCCUAACAUUAGCCCCACAAACAUGGAACAACCUCAGCAGCAUCAUCAGCAACUGAACGAAGAUGCCAACGGCGGCAGCAAAGGUGGAGGCGGUGGCGGAGGCAGCAGCUUACUCUGCAGGCAGAGCAGCACGCGGUGGACCCCGACGACGGAACAGAUACGCAUCCUCAAGGACCUCUACUACAACUACGGGGUGCGGUCGCCCAGCGCCGAUCAGAUACAGCGGAUCUCCGCCCGGCUCCGGCAGUACGGCAAGAUCGAGGGCAAGAACGUGUUCUACUGGUUCCAGAACCACAAGGCCCGCGAGCGCCAGAAGAAGCGCUUCGUCCCCGACCACCACCCCAACCCUAACCCUCUUCACCACCUCCCGGCCGCUGCCAACUCUUUCGGUCCCUCCGCUGAGAGCAAACUCGGCGAUCUGCCGGUUCAUCAUGACAACAAGUACCCGAACUUCGGGAGUGCUAUCGGACUGCCUUCUUCUUCAUCGUCUGCUGCUACCCCAGCUGGUCUGGUGGCUUUUGGACAGAUGGCUAACUAUGGAUAUGGUUCCACGGCCACCAUGGAAAAGAAUUUUAGAAAUUGUUCCAUAUCAUCCAGUUGCGGUGGCGGUGGGAGCCCCGGCGUCGGAGGAUCCAUGAGUCACAAUUUCGGAUGGAUUGCAGUCGACCCGUACCCAUAUUCUUCUCGCUCUAUCUUUGACAAGCAAGGCUGCAAUGUCAACGAAGAACAUGAUGAACAGGAAGAGGAGGAAGAGGAUGAAGAAAGAAACUCCGCUCGCGAGAUCGAGACACUACCGCUUUUCCCAAUGCAUGACAACAUCAACGGCUUUUGCGGGAUCAAGCACAACACGGAUGGAGGUCCUGGUAUUUGGUACGAUGAUGUCUUCAUGGGCAGCUCUCGUACUUCCCUCGAGCUCAGCCUCAACUCCUACACUGCCAUGUCCCCGAGUUCGCCCUAGCCAUAGCUUACAUUAAUAGGACCCGCAUUAUCAUAAUCUGAUGCUCUUUAGUUGGCCAUCGUAAUCAACUAUAGCUAGGUCGAUGACCUUCAUAAGAAAAUCUGAUUAGUCCAGUAUCGCUGAUUAUAUCUUAUAUUAUUUCAUAUGAUGUUUAACUGUGAAAUGUUAUAUAUAUUACGAACAUCCAGUAUGUAGAAUGUGAUGGAUGAUAUCAUGCAUUUGUUAGUUUUGUAAUAUAUAUAGUUGCAGGCUAAUUAAUGA